ACAUCAUCCCCACAUACUGCGGCAGCACUCUGGAGAUUCUGCCCGCCGACCAGCUGAAAAAGGACAUCAAGCUGACCGAUAGCGGCGACGGCUCUUUCAUUCACGCCGGAGCGGCCGUCAUAAAAGACCUGGACAUAACGCCCAACUACAAGUGUCGCAUCGUCUUCACCUCUCCGCCCGGGCGAGGUUUGGUGUUGACUGUGAAGAAGGCUUCACUAAACGCCAACGACACCAUCACCUUCCGCAGCGGCACCAACCCGGUCCGGGUGUGGAAGGAGAAGCAGAAUGAUGAGAGUGGCGGACUGAUGGAGGAGGAGAUCGUCACCGUCGCCUCCAGACAGAACCCGGCUUCCAUCACCGUCGACUAUGAACCGACGGUGGGCAAGUCGCAGUACAAUGCGGGCUUUGAAAUGGCUGUCACUGUUUACCGAGCUAAGGAAAACGGCUGCGUGGAGGGCGAGUUUGACUGUCAAAAUGACAGAUGUGUUGGCGAAAAAAUGCAGUGCGACGGCUACAAUUCUUGCGGCAAUAACCAG